AUGGCGGAGUGCGGUCUGAAGGUCGUUGAAGGUAUCACCAAUGACUUGCUGAAUCAUCGAAUUAAUAUAAGUGCGAAUCACGUGAACAGUUUCGUAUCUACAAUGCUGCAAAGGGUAAAUCCAUUCGCUGCAGAUGUGAGAAAGGAUGCACUUAUAAAUGUAUCAACAGGGAAAGUAGCUCCAGACGAUGUAUCAAACUUUCUUUUAAACAUAGAAACAAACAAACGGAGAAAACAAGAAGAAAUGCAUGAUUGA